AUGAAGGUACUUUGGAGCAGAUUAAUCCGGUUUCAAGCCGCAGAUGGCCGAGUUCUGCGAGGAGAACCCAUCCUUCCUCGACCAAACUUCGACUUGGGCCUUGCAACUGAAGCCGACAAUAUCCAAGCCAGAGUCAUAACGGGAGAUGAUCCUUAUGACACAACUGGAGCAACUAGAGUCACGGAAGAAUUGGUGACAGUCAAGCAGAUUCUCUGCCCACUCACGGCAAAAGAUGUCCCUAUCCUCCGCUGUGUGGGUUUGAACUAUCUCAAGCACAUCAAACAAGCAGGAAGAACACCGCCUCCAUUCCCAUUCAUAUUUUUCAAGCCCACCGCUACCAUCGUUGGUCCUGAUGACAAGGUUGUCAUUCCAAAGAUCUGUCAGGACGAUCAGGCUGAUUAUGAAGGAGAGUUGACCAUCGUCAUCGGAAAGGACGCCAAGGAUGUUUCUCAAGAAGAUGCUAUGGACUAUGUGGCAGCUUACACGGUUGGGAAUGAUAUCUCCUCCCGCAAAUUGCAGCGCGAUCCAAACUAUGCGGGCAGAGUCCCUCAAUGGGGAUUUUCCAAGGGCUUUGAUACAUUCGCGCCGCUCGGGCCUUGUCUAGUCUCGAGCGCUUUGGUUGGAGAACCAAGAGACCUGCAUCUCAAAACGACGAUAGAUGGCCAAGUCAGACAAGACGAGUCUGUAUCAGACUUGUUGUUUGACUGCAGAUAUCUCAUCUCUUACCUAUCCCAAGGCACCACUCUUGAGAAAGGUAGUGUUGUUAUGACUGGUACCCCCGGUGGUGUCGGUGGUGAUAUGAAGCCUCCGAGCUGGCUGCGACCUGGGACCCGGAUGGAAGUGCAUAUAUCGAAAAUUGGGACGUUAAGAAAUGAAGUGGCUUACGCAUAA